AUGUCAAAUGAACUUUCAGCUUCAUUUUUCAUAUCUUUUUUAUCAGGUGGAGUUGCAGGAAUAGUAUCAAGAACUGUUGUUUCACCUUUAGAACGCAUAAAAAUAAUUUUCCAGAUCCAAGACAAAAACAAACAUUACCAAGGUAUUAUGCCCGCAUUAUCUAAAAUUUGGAGAGAAGAAGGUUUUAAAGGAUAUAUGAGAGGUAAUGGCGUUAACUGUCUCCGAAUUUUCCCAUAUUCUUCCAUGCAAUUUGCUAGUUAUGCUGUUUAUAAAGAAUUACUUAUGCCUUUCGGGAAAACGGAGCUUGAUACACCACAAAGACUAACUGCAGGAGCGCUAGCUGGAAUUACAUCUGUUGUUGUAACAUAUCCUCUUGAUAUUACACGUACUCGACUCUCAAUACAAUCUGCAUCUUUACCACUUAAACAAAUAAAUGGAAACCAGGAGCUUCUUGGAGUAUGGAAAACAAUGAAAAAUAUAUAUACUGUCGAAGGCGGUUUUAAAGCCCUUUAUAAAGGCAUUUGGCCUACUAUUUUAGGAAUCGCUCCAUAUGUUGGUUUAAAUUUUGCAAUAUACGAAUCUAUGAAAAAAAUACUGUCACAGGAAAAUGGUCAGCUUACAGCAUUUGGAAAGUUUUUUAGUGGUGCAAUAUCUGGAGCUAUAGCUCAAACUAUUACAUAUCCCGCUGAUGUCUUGAGAAGAAGAUUCCAAGUUACUUGCAUGCCUGGAAUAAAUUAUAAAUAUGUUUCAAUAUAUGAUGCUUUAAAACAAAUAUUAGCACAACAGGGUUGGAAAGGAUUUUAUCAAGGACUUUUACCAAACUUAUUAAAGGUUAUUCCAUCUAUGGGAACAUCUUGGCUUUCUUAUGAAAUUUCAAAAGACUUUUUUUCGAAAAUUAUUAAAUGUUAA